AAGUGUUGCAUAUCACUUAAGCAACACAUUGGAAGCUUUUUACAACACAUUUCAUGUGUUGCCAAAAGCCAGUUUUCCCGUAGUGUAUUUAUUAGUUAGUGACUCUCACCGACUCCUUCAAGUGAAAGUGAGGAAGUUCCAAACUCUUCUUUUACCCCACUCUCCAUUCUACAACCUUUGUGUUUAGUUGUUGUUAGCUAGGUUUUCGUCUAUGACUUUGCACAGAUCAUCGCAUAUGUGUUUUGUUAUUGUUCUCUAGGUUUUCGUGUAUGAUUUUUUGCACAAAUCAUCGCAUUUGUGUUUAGUUAUUGUUCGCUAGAUUUUCGUCUAUGACUUUUUUGCACAGAUCAACGCCUUUGCCCACCAUUUUGCAGUCAAUCUCAAAAUACUGUCGGCGGAAUCCUAAGUUGUUCCACACCACUGUUUUCCAAUUCAGCUACCACGAGUUUUGUAUCGGGACCGACUUUCAUCCUCUUUAGUGUUUUUUUUUUCAUUCUCUUUUUCUUUUUUGGUGGCCAUGAUCGCGAUUGAACCCAAACACAUGAGCCAAACUUGAGCUUAGUUAUGUUCAGCUCGUGAAUCUCGCAAGCUAGCUCGACUCGGUGGUUUGUUGAGCUCAACUCAUGAGUUAGCUCAUUUAGAGCUCAUGAGAUGUCUCAACAUUGUGGUUUGAGGCCCAACUUGAUCAUCGACUUAUGGACGAAUCGAUCUAAUUUGGACUUUCAUAAUUCAUAGGAUUGUUAAAUUAUAUAUCUCACAUAAUGUGAAGUUUAACAUGUUGAACAUGUAAGAAAAUAUGCCUUAUUUUUAAUUAUAUAAUGAAAUUAUGUACAAAAUUGUUUCGAUACUAUGACAUAACAUGAUUUGAACUAGUUAAAAUUUAUUAACUAAACAAUAUGACACCUACAAAUUAUAAUAUAAGAUUAAUUAAUGUUGAAUAUUUGAUUAUUAUUUUUUGUCGUUACAUCAAUCACAUGUACCAUACACGACAUACAAAAUGAAUGUAUCAAAUACGAUCUAAGAAAUUAGUAAACAAGUCUAGUUUGAACUCGGCUCGUUAAUAAAUGACUCGAGCUCAGUUCAUUUGUUAACCAGUCAAGUUCAAUCUGGGGUAAACUCGGCUCAGCUAGGCUCAUUUGCAGCCCUAGCCACUAUAGAGAUCAGCUUUGAAUGUCAGAAUCUACAAGUUAAAGGCUUCGACUAGUUAUAAGAAGAGAAGGAUUUCUGGUUAAUCACGGACUCGGCACUUGGAUCUCACAAUAAUUGUAAUCCAUAACGGAAACGGCCCGAUACUCCUUCUCUUGGGCUCCCCUAGUUUGCUCCGUUCAUAUAAAUCAAGAGAUAAGUUGGAUCGCUCCAAAGUCCAAAUAGUUUCCUGGUCCAAUAAGCCACUCGCCCCAAAGCCCAAAACCCCUCCGUCCAUCGCUCUACUCCUCGCGGGCCGCUGCAACAAAACCCUAGAUCCAAUCCCGGCGCCGGAGCUCGGCCUCCGAGCUUCGCCCCUUCUCACCGGAGCAGACAUCGCUUGCUGUGUCUCCUCCCUCUCCCCCGCAGGUAAAAUCCCAAUCCCUAACCGUAAUUUUCUUCUCGCGCUUCCCGUUUCUACGUGUUCGCUGUAUGCUAAAUCCAUUGUUGUACUGUCCUAGUUUCUUCGCGCUUUAUUCUGUUCGUAUUUGUUGAAUUUUCGCUCGGAUUUUUCCCGCGAAAUUUCUCUGGCUUGAGAACUGAAUGAUUUUUCCGCCAUGCGUUCCCGGGAAGCCCUUGUUGGCUUCUGCUCUGGUUUUCCGUGCCCUUUUUGGUUCCUUCAUGGCCGUGGUUUUCCGACUUGUCAGAUCGGUUUCGGGGUUGCGAUUUUUAGGGGCUUCUUUGUCCUCGUCUCCCAGCGGUUUUGCUUCACCGGCGACUAAUCUUUCCCCUGUAUAUGGUGUUGUGAUUUUGAUUCGCCAUGAUGCUCCGAUGACUAGGGGUGUCGGUUCGGGUCGGGUUCGGGUCGAAACCCGAAAAAACCCGAAACCCACUAAAACCGAACCCGAACCCGAUUAGUACUUGUGGGUUCCGGUUACCCGAAACCCAAAAAUUCCUUAUCGGGUUCGGAUUCGGUUAAAGUAAAACCGAAACCCGAAAACCAGAACGCCUAAGAAUACGGGUUGAGUUCUAUUCAUUGGAGGUUUUUAGCCGGAACCGAAAAACCGAUAAGCAAAACCAAACCCGAAACCCGAAACAAACCCGAACCCGAAAAACCAAAAAUGUAUAUAAUCGGGUCGGUUUCGGGUAAACCGGAAAAACCGAACCCGAAUGGACAACCUACCGAUGACUCGAUUGCUAAAAAUUCAUCAAGUUAACCGCGCUGUCGACUCAGUUUUGCGAUAAAACUUGACAGUAGACUAUACUGUCAAGUUUUAUCGCAAUAAGUCGAUUGCUUUCUGUAUGUAAUUGUUCUCCUCUCCACUAUUAGACAUGCCAAAGUAGUAGCACAGCAACAGCAUUCCUUCCAAUUGAUGCAUCAAAGCUUGCUCGAUCUCUUUGGUGGUUCAUCAUGUGCUAAAGUUUCUGAUUGGUUUACUUGGGGUUGCUUGAUUGAUUGGCCAGUGAAUCAGUUUCUUCUGCAGAGAAGAAGAUGGAAACCAACGGUCUCGUGAAUCGCCUGUCUCAUCUCUGCAUCAACGAUCCACUCAUCCUCAACGGCCAGCUCCUGCUCUUGCUCGAGCAACACAUCUCCCACCCUUUCACCUCCAUGGCGAACGAAGUCCUGUCAGCAGGAAGCGCCAUCAUCGACAAGAUCCGUGACAACAUAACGUACGUCAAGGCCUCAGGGAUCCACGGGGAGGCACCACAUUUGUUCCUCGACGACGACCAGUGCCAGUGGAACACGACGUAUCAGAUGCUGGCAUCUGCUUUGGAUCAGAAAGAAGUCUUCUCCCACUUGCACACUGUGAUUCCAGAGUACAGAGAUGCUCCAACCGUGGAAGAUUGGAGGCAGGUUGAAAUCAUCUGCGCGCUCUUGAGGUCUCUCUCCGAUGCAAUGGGGAAAUUAGUCGCCUCAGCCCCUUGCCCUCCCACCACCAGCACAAUGUUCCACGAGGCAUUGAUGGUCCACUUGCAUAUUGUCAGUCGUGCAGCAGCAGCAGCAGCAACAAAUGGUGAUCAUCAGUUCCUCGGCAGCUUCAUCGAACCAAUGCAGGAGAAGAUGGACAAGUACUGGAAGGAAUGUGGGUUGGUUCUCUCGAUUGCUGUCGUCAUGGAUCCUCGCUUCAAAAUGCAGUUUGUGAAAUUCAGCUCCCCCAAAAUCUUCGGCGACGAGGCUUCUCACUACGUGAAGAUGGUCGAUGACGGGCUCCAUGAGCUCUUCUCCGAGUGCCUUGCGCUUUCUCCACCUCCAUUCCCUGCUCCCAACGCUGAUCGAGUGGGCGAGCACAACCAGCUGGUGGGGAGUAUUUCGGGAUACGGGCUGGCAGAUUUCGAUGUGUACAUCAUGGAGGCGACAACAAGCAAGCAGUUCAAGUCGGAGUUGGACCAGUAUCUGGACGAGGACCUCCAGGGUCGGAGCUCGAAUUUCGACGCGGUGGAAUGGUGGAAACAGGAAAGUGUGAGGCUGAGGUACCCGACGCUGUCGAAGAUGGCGAGGGAUAUAUUGAGCAUUCCUGUAUUUACUGCUUGACGGUGUCGGAUCUUUCAAACCCUGCCUUGCAAUUGGAGAACUAGGACUAGGAUAUUUUUUUUUUUUUUUUAUAGAAUAGGACUUGAUAUUGCUACAUGGUUUCUGACAAAUUUUUACGUAC